CUUCACGCGCUCACAAUGGCGUCGUCGGCACUGAUCAGAAUUAUCUCCUUGGCGACUUGCUCCGUGGUGCUGGUCGUCGCCGCUGCCGGCAACUUCUACGAGGACGUCGACAUCACUUGGGGCGACGGACGCGGCCAGAUCCUCCGCCACGGCCGCCUCAUCACCCUCUCCCUCGAUAAGUACUCCGGCUCCGGCUUCCAGUCGAAGAACUACUACCUCUUCGGCCGCAUGGACAUGCAGAUCAGGCUCAUCUCCGGCGACUCCGCCGGCACUGUCACCACCUUCUACCUGUCGUCGGACACACAGAAUACAGAGCAAACGAGCACACACGACGAGAUCGACUUCGAGUUCCUCGGCAAUGCCAGUGGAUCCCCUUACACUCUCCAGACCAACAUCUACACGCAGGGGAUGGGCAACAGGGAGAUGCAGUUCGAGCUCUGGUUCGAUCCCACCAAGCACUUCCACACCUACUCCAUCCUUUGGAACCCUAAACACAUCAUCUUUCUCGUGGAUGGGACUCCCAUAAGGGACUUCAGGAACAUGGAGUCCAAGGGCGUGGCCUUUCCCGACCAAAAGCCCAUGAGGGUUUACUCCACCCUGUGGGACGGCGAGGACUGGGCGACCAUGGGCGGCCGAGUGAAGACCGACUGGAGCAAGGAACCGUUCGUGGCGUCGUACCGGAACUUCACCGUGGACGCGUGCGUCGUCGUCGACGAUGCGGAUUCGCAUUCGGGCUGCAAUUCGAGCAAUUUCGGGUGGUGGAACCAAGAGCUGGACUCAGAGAGCUGGAGGAAGAUGAGGCGGGUGCAGAGGGGACACAUGAUAUACAACUACUGUGACGAUGCGAGCCGAUUUCCUCAGGGACUCCCGCCGGAGUGUUGA